GUUUAUGAUAUAGAAAUACAGAAGAUAUUUUACACAUAAACGAUAAGAAUAAACCUGAGAUAAAUAUAUCAAUCAAUUUCUUCCAUUUUUGCCUUUAUAUGUUAUCUUGAUUUUAUUUUAGGAAAGCCCGAAAUGUGUAUGUUCUGAUCUAACACAAUACUACAGCUGCUAUUUAAGUUGAAUGAUUACAUCGUGUGGAAUCACAUGCAGUACUUAUUUGAUUGUUUCAAAGAUGCUACUAUGGGCCAGUCUGUAUGUUUGUGGGAUCAAGUAGAAGCCAUUGAGAAAAGUUGAGACUGUGUUUGUGGGUAGCAUUUUUAAUCUGAGGAUAGUGUUAAAUCCCUUUUCAACAAGAAAUCUGAAUGCGGUAGGGAUCGUUAGAGUGUUCAAAAGGGAGAGAGGGGUAUGUUGUCCAAUCCAUGGUGCCUGAUAUUCCGUCCCCACUGCGGUUGCCAGAUCAACUGUUGAUGCUUUAAGGGUAUAUCUUUAAACUCAUGAUGACGGCUCCAAUGAGUCAAUUUCUAUCCUGCCGCUUUCUGUAUUGCAAAAGAAGUUUUCGAAAAUUAUCAAAUAUCCCAGAAUACACGUUUAUGAUACCCUGUGGGUGGAGGGUUAUUCUCUUGGAGUUGCUGGAACAUACCAGGGAGCCAAGGCUUUUUGUUAUUCACCAUUUUCUAUAAUUCAAGCACAAUUCCAGCAAGCAAAACUCAUCGUAGGUAAGAUUUAAAUGGGAUAAAUACUUUGGUGUCAAUGUUAAA